AAGCAUACAAGCAGCAACCAAAGAUUGUGAUAACAAAAAAUAAGAAAGGGUAGUUGCAUGAUAGAAACAAUUGAUGCUGUCAAGUAUCUUCUCACACUUUACAAUAUGAUCUCUGAAAACACAUAAAAUAGCAACAUAGAAAAUUCACAUGGAAAUUAGCAUCAAUAGAAGUCUCACAAAAUUAAUUUCUUAGAAGAAUUUUCAUUUUUUAAUCUGAAGGCUGGAAUACCUUACUACAAAUCACAGUUGAUUAAUAUUUUAAGCAAGAGGGACAGCAUAUAUAUUGUGAUAACAGUGGCCAGUGCUUCCUUGUUAUCAAAAUGAGAUAUGUUUCUCAUUGCAGACAUUUGUAGAUGUAACAUUAUUUAAAGAGUAAUAUACGAGAUGGUGUUAAGGGAUGCACUAUGGAUAAAAUUUUGGAACAAGUCUCACGUUAUGUCUUGGUUCGUGAAAUGUGCAUGUUUCACAAGUCACAACAUAAGAUAUUAAUCCUCCACACAAUAUGCUGGGAUAGAUUCUCUUUUCCGAUGCAAUUUUCUUUCAAAUCAUAUAGAUUUGAAGGAUGAUAGAAGAAUAUGAAUUAGUAGAACCUUCAAAAUGGGAUAAAUCACAAGCACUCAUGUUCCAAAGCAAAAGCAAAUCUCUAACUUUAAUUAUUCUCUUGCUUAUAUACUAUACACACAUACACUUUAUAAAUUAAUUAAGCAAGGCAUAUGCUGAUAUGCUCAAACACAUUGCUCAUUUCUGAUUCUUUUUCCACAAAUAUAUAAUAAUUAACACAUUGGGAAGCUAGUGAGUGAGGGAAAGAAAGAGAGGAUGACAGGAUCAAUAGAGAAGAUGAAGAAGGCAUAUAUAUUGGCAAAGAGAUAUGAAUGGGAAGAGUUUGGAAAAUUCUUCAGGGAAAACAAGGAGCUAUUGGACAAGGAAAUUGAUCUGCACAAGAGCACUGCAUUCCACUAUGCUGCACACUGCGGGAUGCCAAGCAUGUACAAGGAGAUGCUAGAGAUGGUGGAUGAUCCAAUAGGAAUCCAACACGUGCUGAGGUUGCAGGAUGACAUGGGGAACACGCCGCUUCACGAGGUGGCCUUUGUCGGAGAGGUGGAGAUGACUGACCACAUACUAAAGUACAAUGAUGAUAGUGAACAGUUUGAAUCCUUGCUGUUCAUGAAGAACAACCUUGGUGAGACCCCUGUUUAUAGAGCUGCUGCACUUGGCAAGACCAAGUUGCUUCAACACUUUGUUUUGAACAUUGACUUAAGCCCACAUUUUCACCGAAAUGAUAGUAUGUCCAUUCUUCACACUGCUGUUAUUGACCAAUUCUUUGGCACCGCUUUAUGGCUAUUGAAAAGGUAUGGGAACCAGCUCGCUGAUCUUAAGGACGACAAUGGACUAACAACUCUUCAAUUGCUAGCAACAAUGCCUUCUACAUUUAGGAGUCAAACCCAGAUGGGAGCCUUCAAAAAUUUCAUAUAUGCUAUGCUUCCUAAGUAUCAAGAUUAUCAAUUCUAUCAAGAUGAGGAAUCUAUUAAGAGAAGGGAAGACUUAGAAAGUGGUGAGAAAGGCAUAAAUCAAUGGUCUCACCCAUACCAACGGAAUCACUCAGCUUUCUUUUGGUUGUGGUAUUCUAUGUGGAAGGCUAUGGCCAAAGAAUGGAAGGGGAUUGAAAAACUUUGGAGGAAAAAAGAAAUGCACAAGUUAGCAGAGGAACUUGUUCGCUUAUUAGCAGAGAAAGACAAAUCAUGGCAACAGACCUCUAUUGCAACAGACAGGACAGUUUCCAUAGGGAGCGCAGGUUCUUUCAAAAACGAACGAAAAGGAAAAGAGAAAAAAGAUCAAGCAUCCGAAAAACAAGAAGAGAAAUCAAAGGAUCAGCAAAAGCAUGCUGAGAAACCUGCUUAUACUCCAUUGCUUAUGGCUGCUUGCAAUGGAAUCAUGGAGAUAGUGGAAGUAAUAAUUCGUUUUCAUCCUCAGUCAAUCGAGCACGUUAGUGACGACGAGCAGAAUAUAUUGUACAUGGCUGUUAAACACCGGCAACUGGAGGUUUACAGGCUGUUGAAGAAACUGAAGAUGGUGAGAAGGCUUGCAGGGAAAAUAGACAAGUUAGGGAACACUGUCCUACAUUACACUGCAGAGUUUCAAGGGGGACACCAACCUGGCUAUGCUCUCCAAUUACAAGAGGAGUUACAUUGGUUUGAACGCAUAGAAAAGAGGCUGCCUUACCAUUACACCAUCCACUACAACAAGGAGGAUAACAAAACCGCAAAGCAACUUUUCCAGGAAAAGCAUAACGACCUGUUGAGGGAGGCUCGCAAUUGGAUAAAAGAAACAGCUCAGUCAUGCUCUGCGGUGGCUGUCCUUGUGGCCACCGUGGUGUUCGCAGCAGCCUACACUGUCCCCGGAGGGACAGACGACAAUGGCCUCCCUAGGUUCCUCCAUCACCCCAUUUUCUUGGUGUUCACAAUCAUGGAUGUUGUGUCUCUGGCAAGCUCAUUGGCUUCGGUUGUUAUGUUCCUCUCAAUCCUCACAUCUCCCUGUGAGAUGUGGGAUUUCCGGAGCUCUCUGCCGCGAAAACUAAUGGCAGGUUUCGCCUUCUUGUUCUUCUCAAUGGCGACAACAAUGAUGUCAUUCAGUGCAACUGUUCUUAUCAACAUCAAGUUGGAGAAGAACAAAUGGACUUCAACAUUGACUUACAGUGCAGCUUUCUUCCCUGUUAGCAUAUUUGCAAUGAUGCAAUUCCCUUUGUAUGUUGCCAUGAGAGGAUGUCUUAGGAGCACCCUCAAGAGGCUUAAGAAGAUCACUCCUCGCUACAUCCGCAAUCUCCUCAAAAGGAGUAAGAGAAAGAAAAUAUGGGAUAUUUGAAUUGGAUAGAUUAAUAUAAGAUGCAAGAACAUAUGUAACAUAUGUUUCAUUGGAGAGUAGAAAUAUAUUGUCAUUAUAUAGUGUUCA